UGUCUGCCGGCGACCUCCACAGGUAGCCAGGCAGUCAGGCAGUCAGGCAGCUGUGUGCCACAAGCUGGAGUCUCAUUUAUCCACUCUGCCCAUGGAGGUCUGCUCUUCCUCUGGCUGCUGACAGAGUUGUGACCAGACAACUCAGGGAUUUCUGGCAGAUAGAAACACACCACAGCUUUGUACAUCCACUGUCAUAAAGAUGUUUCCUUGGUCAGCUGUCUUCUCCCUUGAGCCCAAAGUGCCCGGUCAGCGCACCACUGAGGAGCUGGUGACCAACACUCUGAUGCUGGAGCUGGGGGCCAUGGUGAAGCGGACUGAGCGCAUCCGUUUGGAGAGGGCCACCGAGGGCCGGCGCCGGCGCCGCAGCUCCUCCUCUACGGCAGACUACAGCUGGCUGGCAAACACCCCAAACCCUCAACCCUACCAGCUCACCCCCAAUGACCUGGUGGAGCUGCAGGACCUCUGUGACAAAAUCCCCCCUGCACAAUGUGGCCCCAUUAUCGUUAGGUUUAGGAGGAUGGUGUCACAGAUGGAGCCGGAGGUUCAUGAGGUCCCCCGGCUGUUUCGUACAGUUCUACGCGACUGCGUGGAUGAGGUCAAUGGCAAUGAAGAGGUCCAAGUCCCAAACGCUUUUUACGAGAAACAGCAGCGCAGCAAGAGCCUCUCCUUUGUUAAUUUCCGCACAAAGUUUAGCACCGGGAAGAUGUUCAAGGGGAGUGGCCUGAGGGGCUCCAGGGGGAACCUGCAGCAGCAAGUGGAUUGGUCUGAUGAGGAGGAGGAUGGAGAGGGCGAGGAGGAGGAGGAGGCCAUCAGGGCCAGAGCAAUGAAGGGGAGGAGUAAGAGCAUGCCAGAGAUCACCCCCCUGGAGCAGAGUGCUCUGGGGUGAGAAGAGGGCCUGGGGUGAUGGAGGGGAGGAACACGUGAUUGCAAAGGGAACACGUUACUUAGAGGAGUGAGGAAGAAAAAGUGAGAAUAAAUUAUAAAUGAUGGAGAUAAAGAGGAAAGGAAAUAAGUAAGAUUUCUAUCAAGACAAUAUCUCACUUUUAGGCAGAAUAGAGAUCAUGAUGAAAGGGGGAGCAUUUGAAGAUUUUAUAACUUUCAGUGUAACUGUUUCAAUCCAAUAAACUUUAGAAAACUCUGAAGCAUUAUUGUUCUGGCUCUAGGAAGUCUCACACAUUAUUUGAUGGGCAAAUACCAACCAGUCUUUAACCAUGCAGCAGAUCUUUGAGACAGACCGACCAAGGUUAAUGUCCCACAGUCAGGUUUAAACUGUGAUAUUUAGCAGAAACAUUUUAUUUUUACUAUUCACCCAAAUCUAUUCUUUAAAAAAUGGUAUAUCAACCAUUACAAACUUUGUUUUAAGUAAUUUAUAGACUAAACAAUGUCACAAUGUUGCACUCUGACCUAUGAUGCCAUUGUAACAGCUAAAUAGAGCUUUAACCUAUCAUCUCCUGCAGGUAUUACUAUCCUAACCAAACUCAUUAAUUUUGCAAAUCACCCAUUGAAACAACAUCAUCAUCAGUUGACAAAUUCAAAAUUCAUGGUGUGAACUUACAGGUCCUUCUCAAAAUAUUAGCAUAUUGUGAGAUAGGAAUUUUGGGUUUUCAUGAGCUGUAUGCCAAAAUCAUCCGUAUUAAGACAAUGAAAGACCUGAAAUAUUUCAGUUAGUGUGCAAUGAAUCUAAAAUAUAUGAAUGUUAAAUUUUCAUCAUGACAUUAUGGAAAAUAAUGAACUUUAUCACAAUAUGCUAAUAUUUUGAGACGGACCUGUAUAUCCUUUCACUGCUUGGAUGUAAGUUCAAAGACAUGCUGCAGGAAUGUUAAAGAUAUCUCAUGAACUGUCCCUUUAAAACAUUUUAUGUAACAGGGAGGUUGGCUCCUGAGCUGGAGGAGGUCAUUUGGCUCAGGUUGAUUUUCUGUUGACUCAGUGGAUGCUGUCAGUUAGUGAGUGCUCUGCCAUCAACAAAACUACUGCAUGUGGAAAUCAACCAAGAAUCAUCUGAUGUUAUUUUUUUUAUUGUGAAUAUGCACGCAUGUACUUGGAGAAAUAAACAUGAAAUGUUCUCAUAUUUUCUGUGUGAUUAAAACUGUGUUUUCUCUA